UUUCCCCCUUUUCUUGAUCAAAGAGAACACUGGAGCUGAGCAGUCAGGCCAGGCGAGCUGUCAUCCAUGCUCAGCCUGUGUGGCUGAUGCAGCCGAGCGCUCCUCGGUUACCUGCGACCCAGUAGACCCGGGAGCAGCAAACACACCCGCUUGUUCCCAUGCAGGGAAUGGGGACCUUCCGGCUGGGGAGAAGGACUGUGAUGUACACCGUGGAAACCAUUCCCAAAGGGAAGAACCGAGUCCUAGGGACCAUCCAGAUCAUGACUGGCUUCAUACAUAUUAGCUUUGGGAUCAUUCUCAGCACCUUGACCAGUGUAUAUACCUCAUUCUUCGUGUCUGGAGAGAUCCCCUUCUUGGGAGGAGCAUCGUUCAUUGUUUCUGGAUGCCUCUCCAUCGGUGCUGAGAAGAGCCCUACGGAGUGUGCAGUGAAAGGCUCCCAAGCCAUGAAUAUCAUCAGUGCCAUCUUUGCAUUACUUGGAAUACUGGCCUUUAUAGUAGACCUGAGCAUAAAUGGGCCAUUUCAUUCUGAUGACAGUCAUCAGUACUCCCUAGUCAUGACCGGCAAUAGGAUUGCCAUUGUGUUGUUGACAUUCACCAUCGUGGAAUUUUGCAUCGCAUCUGCCACUGCCUAUUUCUGGUGCCGGGCAACCCGCUCUGACUCCAAUGAGGCGAUAUUGAUUGACCCCAACACCAUCAGGACAGAUACCGAGGUCCCUUCUGUAGAAUCAUCAAUAAACUGUCCGCCAAAUUCCAACGAUGUAAGUUAUGCUCUAAAGGUAGAGACUGUGUAGAAGGCUCAAGUGGAGGAAUCUGUAUGGAAAAAUCAAACCAGCCGCAUCUCUUCUGAGAUGUCAACGCUGGCCCUUUCCUGCAUGACAGAGUUCCUUCAGUUACUGCCAGUAUUCUAGCUGCUGGGCCAACGAAGUCAAAGGGACUAUCUCUCUUUUUUCUCCAGUACUGUCUCAGUUUUAGUCUGGGACUGAGAAGCAUGUGGCUUGAUAUGCUCUGCCUUGGACUGGGAGGUGAUAUUUGGACUCCAUUUUGGACAGGCUGUGUAUGGAAUGAGCCGUGAGUCUGGCAUGUGGGGUAUUAAAACUGUCAAAAUGUGUUUAAAAGGGAGGCUUGAUCUAGUGUUGAGGGCAUGGUGGGCAUGGGAUAGCUGGGGACCCAGAGGAGAACAUGGAACUGAAGUACAUCAAAACACAGACAAAGUCAUAAGUGCAUCUUUUUCACUUCGAGCUGGCUCUGUUGUUGACUCAGAUACAAAAUGAAAGAGAAAACAGGGAGCAGUGUUAAUUGGGAUGGGUCAAUGCCCAGUGCUGAGGCUGGUUUGUAAAGACUGUCUUCCAAAUUCAGCUUUCUUGGGAGUUAGCCAACUUGGCCCCCAAAACCUAUAACUUUGUGCUCUGAUAUGGAAGCAUGGGUUCAAUGUAGGGGUUUGUAGGGACUUGGGAAUUUCAUUUGAAAUUUCCAGCCCGGUUGAUUGGUCUUGUGAGGGUGAUCAGCCACACUAGAUGUUCUGGAGCACUGUUGUCUACUACUGCUAUUUAUAUUUCAAUGAACUGUACAUAUGUGCCCAUUAAGAAUAUUUCAUACAAUAAUAACUGCCCUGGGAUUUUUUUCUGCUAGUUUUCUAGAAGAUUCAACUUUUUCUGAUGGAUGCAUAACUUACAGCUACAGGGAGCUCAAGCAGCAGCAGUUUGUCUUUCUACUUUCCACUAGC